CUAAGAUAUUCACCCUCUUCUUCCUACUUCUCAACCGAUAAACAAACAACUCAUUAUUACUCCAAAUAGCCCAAAAAUAGACAAAACUAAGUAUAAUUAAAUAAAUAAAUAUAUACAUAUUUCAUACUAGAAAAGAAAAAUUGAAACUACAUACAAAUUUCAUUUGAGAUUUUCAAUAUACAACAACUCGAAAGUUUUAUUUGAUUAGUUUAUAAUGGUGUUGGAAAAGUAUUGAAUAUAAUUGCAGCUGUAUUGGAUCGGAUCGGAUUGGAUUGAAUUGAAUGGAUAAGAAUAAAAGCCGAACCGAUCUGCUUGCUGCUGGUCGUAAAAAGCUUCAACAAUUCAGACAGAAGAAGGAUGGUAAAGGUGGUAAAUCAAGUAAAGCCAGUAGAUCUGCUGGUGAUGCUACUCCAGAUCCUGUUGAUGUGACGGAAAAAUCAGACCAAGUUCCUGGUGGAGAAAAACCACUUCACAGAGGUGAUGAUAUUCCUACUUCCUCGGAGUUGCUUACCAAAAAGGAUCUCCCCGGAAAACAUUCUGAAGCUCCUCCUCUUGAUGAGUCAAACAAUGUUGACACAGUUGAAGCAACGCCAGCCAGUGGCAAGCUGGUAAACGAGGAUGCUGCGGAACUUGAAGCUGCCUUGAAUUCAGAUUCUGGUGAUCGGGGUAUUGUUAGUUCAUCUUCAAUUUCUGAACAUGCUAAUGCCAAAAUGGUAAAUGAGGAUGUAAAAGAUGAUCGUUUGGAAGCUCCAGGAAUUAUUGCUUCUGAUGUGUCCACUAAAAGUUCUGCAACAGAUGUGCCUGUUGAAUUCUCAUCUUAUUCCAGUGCUGAUGAAGCAGCUGCGCACCAAGUAGAAGUGGAAAGGCUGCAUGUGCAGGAGCAGGUAACAGAUUCUCAUUGUUGCUGGGUAGGGACAAUGCAGGAACCACAUAAUUCAGGUUCGAAGAAAGGUGAUUCAAGCAGUGAGGUAGAGAUUGAAGGAGACAAGAAUCUUUCUUUGAACGAACCAACUGAGACUUCUAUUAGCCAGACAGCCACAUUAGUGGGAGAUGAGGGAAGGGAGGAGACAAAAGCGGAAUACAUUCAACUCAGCAAGCCAAAUAAUGUUCCAUCAACUGUUUUGGCAACUCAGAACGCUGAAAUAGCUGAAGACGGGGGUCAUCAGAUGGAAGAUGCAGUUUCAGGUUCACAAAAGGAAGAAAAACUGGAAAUACCUUCAGGUUCUGGGGAAUAUGAAAAUUGCGGGGAUGAGGUUCAAAUUUCCUACUCCAGAGAUAUUGUUUCUGGGAAUUCUAUGGAGAAUAAGAUGGUGAACAUCUCAUCCAGGCCAGAUGCAAGUUAUGUUAGCUUGCGUCAGUUGGCGGAGGUGGUACGAGACCUUGAUGAAGAUGACUUCAAGUUCUUGCUCACGUCUAGAGACUCAGCUCCAAAUGCACCUUCUUUGAAACUUUUUGACGCUUUUGAGAAGCUCAAAGAACAGCUAUACCUCGCUAGUCUUGUAAAAGAUGUAUCUUGUUUGCAGCUAGCUGAAGAGUCGGAACUUCAGAUGGAACUCUGUCAUCAACAUCAUAAGUUGACUGACCAAAUAUCUGCGGCCACAGCUUCAUCGAUUGAACUUGGAGAGAAGAAUAAUAGCCUUGCUGAUCAGCUUGCACAAUCAAGAUCUGAAUUUCAAUUGAUUGUAUCUGAAAGGGAUGACCUCCAAGAGCAGCUUCACAUUUCUAAAGCUGAGGUUGGAGAAUUUUCUGAAAGAAUAAAUGAGUUGCAGACUAAAUUGGAAACAUCACUUGGUGAAAAUGCAAGUCUGUCUUCAGAGAUGGUGGACUGUCGCAAUUUGGUGGCAACUUUACAGGUUCGAAAUGAAAGCUUAAUAGGAAGCCUUAAUUUGUUGUCUGAAGAGAAUAAGAAGCUUUUGGAGGACAAAGAGAAUCUUGUUCUUGAGAACAAGAAUUUGGGAACAGAUCUAGCACAGUCUAAAGCUUUGUUCGGAUCAUUGCAGUUGGAUAAUGAAGAGUUAUCGCAGAACUUCACUUCGUUGAGUGAGGAGAAAAUGAAACUUCAUGGAGAGAAGGAACACCUAAUCACCGAGAAUGAGAAACUGUUUGCUCAAUUGUCAGACUACAAAAAUGUUGUGGAAGCUCUUGAGGUUGAGAACAAGAACAUAAAUGAGAGUUUGAUAUCUGUAACAGAAGCAAAGAAACAGCUACAGGAGGAGAAUAAUUCUCUUCUCGGUGAAACUGAGAAACUAGGAAUGGAGCUUAAGGAAUCGAAGUCUCUAAUUGAAGCUCUGCAGACGGAAUUGGCUGAAGCAAAGGGGCAUUUGACUUUGGUGGUGGAAGAGAGAAAUGAGCUUGAGGAGCAGAAAAAGCAUCUUCUCAGUGAGACUGAGAAACAGUCAUUUCAGUUGGUAGAAUACAAGAACUCGUGCAACAAGGUGGAAGAUGACCUGAAAGUCGCUACUCUGCGUAUUGAGCAUCUAACUGAGGAAAACAUGCAUCUGAAGAGAAGCUCGGAGUUGUCUGGAGCGAUGAAAACAGAAUCACCUAACCAAAACAGCUUUGCAUAUCAAUCUAAGGAAGAAGCUGCGCAUCAGCUUGAACUUUCUUGCCGCUCUAGCUUUGCACCAGAAAAUCUAAUUGAUGAUGAUGGUUCAAAUUGUUUUGGAGUUGUGAAAAGACUCGUGGAGGAGGCAGAGAGAGUACUAGAAAAGCUUGAGAACACAAUUGAAGGUAUGAACACUCAGUCGGUUUCUAUGAGUAGGUCAUCUGGUAAGGCGGUUUCACCUGGUGUGUCAAGACUUAUUCAAGCUUUUGAGCCUAAGGACCAUGACGACGAGCAUCAAUCAGAGGAGUUCCAGUCUUCUGAAAAUCAAACAGGUGCAGAUCCCUAUGUGCUAAUUCAAGGGCUAACAAAAACAUUAAGGGUGUUGCUGAAAGAUUUGGAGUUGGCAGCUGGCAACGGCUAUCAAUUUCUUGAAGGAGAGAAAAGUAGUAAAAAAGCCACUGAGGUUGCUGCUGAAGAACUCAGGGCCAAAUGCGAGUCUCUGUGUGAACACAUUGACCUUUUGGGAGUGGCAAACAUUGAACUAAUGGUUUUCAAUGAAAGUUUAAGGGGGUGUUUCUGGAAUGCUAAAGAAAGGCUGGAAGAGCUUAUGGUCCUAAAUGAAGCUUUGCAAAAGCAAGAAGUCACUAGAAAAGCUGAGAACAGACAGUUAAGGGAGAAUUUCAGUAGCUUUCAGGAAAAACUUCCUAUUUUGCAGAACCAGCUGGGUGCAAUGCGUGAAAGCUGCAAAGAAAUGGGUUCUUCCACCUCUUAUCAGGUAGAAACUCUUUACAAGGAGGUUGCUGACAGUGGAUCAAUACUCCAAGAAGAAUGGAACUCUACAGUUGAUCAGGUUUUUCAGACACUUCAGAGGCUAGAUUUGUCUGUUGAGGCCGUUGGCUCCUCUCCAACUUCAAGAGUAGACCAUGAUCUAGGGAGCAUAAACUUAAGUAGUCGUACUGCUGCAUCUAUUGAUGCUGCUAUCAAUGUGAUUGAGGCAUUGCAGGAUCAAGUUGAAGCUGCUCGCCAUGAGUCAAUGUUGAGCAUCUCCCGUGAAGUCAACGAGAAGUUGGACUUGUUACAAGUUGAAAAUGAAAAGUCUGUCAGUCUUUUGCAUAAGAUUUAUGGUAGCCUCAAGAAACUUGUGUAUGAAAUGCCAGGGAAUCUUGAAGAUGCUGAAGUUGAAGAUCCCGAGAAAUCUGUAGAUCUUUCUCAUCCUGGUGCUUUUGAUUCCGUACUGGAGCAGUUGCAAAGGUUUCUUGAUGAGAAAACACAAGUUGAGUCCGUAAAUGAAAAGCUGAAAUCUGAGUUGAUGUCCAGCACAAAAGAUUUUGAAGAAUUGAACAAAAGAUCCCUUGGAUCAGAUUCUAUUUUAAGGGUGGUUCAAGUGGUUGAGGGAGUCAUUUCUCUAGAUAGCUUUGAAAUCAACAUUAAUGAGCCAGUAUCAUGUCUAGAGUCCCUGACUUCUCUCCUUGUUCAGAAGUAUAAAGAUGCAACCGAAGAUGUGAGGUUAUCCAGGCAGGAAUGUGCUUCCCAGGAAGCUCAAGUGAUUGAAUUGCAAGGACAGAUGGAUCACCUGAGCUCAUUACUUGUUCAGCGUGAAAAUGAAGUUUUUGUCCUUAGGGAAAGUUUGAAGAGAGCUGAGGAGGAUGUUGUAUCUAUUGGUUCUCAAUAUCAAGAGAAAGUUGCUGAAUUUGAGCAGUCUGAACAACGGGUGUCAUCUAUAAGAGAGAAGCUUGGCAUAGCAGUCACCAAGGGCAAAGGUCUGAUUGUGCAGCGUGACAGUCUUAAACAGUCUCUUGCAGACACAUCCUCUGAACUGCAGAAAUGCUCUGAGGAGUUACAGUUGAAAGAUGCAAGGCUUCAGGAAAUAGAAAUGAAACUCAAGACCUAUUCGGAGGCAGGUGAGCGCAUGGAGGCUUUGGAAUCUGAGCUCUCGUACAUUCGCAACUCUGCUACUGCCUUAAGGGAAUCAUUCCUUCUCAAAGACUCUGUUCUUCAGAAAAUAGAGGAGAUUUUAGAAGAUUUGGAGCUUCCGGAUCAUUUCCAUUCGAAGGAUACCAUUGAUAAAGUUGAUUGGUUGGCGAAGUCAGUUGCCGGCAAUUCUGUACCUCUGACUGAUUGGGAUCACAAGAGCUCUAUUGAAGGAUCAUAUUCUGAUGCAGGAUAUGCAAUUGAUGAUGGAUGGAAAGAGGCGCCACAGCCAAACUUGGGUUCUUCUGAAGACCUUAGAAGAAGAUUUGACGAGCUCCAGGGAAAGUUCUAUGGGUUGGCAGAACAAAAUGAGAUGCUUGAACAAUCCUUGAUGGAAAGAAACAACCUUGUUCAGAAGUGGGAAGAGAUUUUAGACAGGAUAGACAUGCCUUCACACUUAAGAUCUCUGGAGCCUGAAGAUCGGAUUGGUUGGUUAGUCCUUGCUGUUUCAGAGGCUGAAAACCAGUAUAACUCUCUCCAACAAAAGUAUGAUAAUUUUGAAUCAUUAUUUGCAUCAACAAGUGCUGAACUUGAAGAGUCGAACAGAAAAAUAUCUGAGCUUGAAAAUGCAUAUCAAUUGGUUGUCAGUGAGAAAGAGUUGCUUCUGAAGAGUUUGGAGUCACUGAACAUUGAUUUUGAGGAAAUGUCAAGGAAGGCUGCCCGAUCUGAAACUAGUAAUGAUGACUUGCAGAGCAGAGUAGGUGACUUGCAAAAGAAACUGAAUGAAAUGCUUGGUGCAGAGGAGCGUAUUCAUCAUCUCGAAGGUGAAAUAAGAAGAUUGGAAGAUAUGGUCAAAGAUUUCCUUUGGACUUCUGAAACAGAUGAUGUGUUAUCUAGCUCUGGUACAACUGAAUCUUUGGAGCAGCUAAUUAGGAAGCUUAUAGAUAAAUAUACCACACUUUCUUUGGGGAAACCUUCUGAGUCUGAUACAACUCUUGGGCAUGCUGGUAAAGGGGCUGAUCUCUCUCAUGAAGAAAAGAGAGAAAGUAAUGUCAGUUGUGAUGUAGAUGGAGGUGCUCUCAGCAGAAAAUUAGAGGAUGUUCUAAGGGACUUGUUGUCAUUGAAGGAGGAGAAGGAGAGUAUUGCACUGACAAAUGAAUCAUUGGUUCGUGAACUGGAAGAAUUGGGUAUCAAAAAUAAAGAACUGCAAGAUCUACUCAGUCAGGAGGAACAAAAGUCAUCUUCUUUAAGAGAAAAAUUGAAUGUUGCAGUUAGGAAAGGUAAGUCGUUGGUGCAACAUCGUGACAGCCUGAAGCAAUUAAUUGAAGAGCUGAAUGGUGAAGUUGAGCGCUCAAAGUCUGAGAUCAGAUUGCAGGAAAAUGCUAUUUCAGACUACGAACAGAGGAUAAAAGAUUUAUCUUUCUACCCUGAGAGGAUAAAGACCAUAGAAUCUGAGAGUUCAAUCCUGAGAGAUCAGUUGGCAGAAAAAGAGUACACCUUGAGCAUGAUUUUGAGUGCCCUGGAUGAAGUUAAUGUUGGCUCUAACAUCGAUAAUCCAGUUGAGAAGCUAAAAAGAGCUGGGCAACUAUGCCAUGAUUUGCAAUCGGCUCUUGCAUCUUCAGAACAUGAAGCAAAGAAAUCUAAAAGAGCAGCUGAGCUACUUCUUGCAGAGUUAAAUGAGGUGCAAGAAAGAAAUGAUGGCCUCCAAGAGGAGCUAGCAAAGUCUUUGAGUGAACUCUCUGGACUGUCCAAGCAAAAAGAAUCUGCUGAAGUUGCUAAACAUGAAGCUCUUGCACAUUUGGAAAAGCUAUCUUCCACUCACUCAGAAGAAAGAAAGAACCAAUUAGCUGAAAUCACGAUGCUAAAAUCUGGUGUGGAUCAGCUAGGGAAGGAUCUCUUUGUUGUUGACCGUUUGCUCUCUGAUGUUUUAUCCAUUGAUUUGGAGACUAUGCACCAUAUUGGUUCUAGUAUUAAAGUUUGCAUAGAACCAACUGAUCAAAAUCACUUUCCUCUACUUGUGGCUGAUCCAAGUGGCCUUACCUUUGUGGAGCCAGAAAACAAG